CUGCUUGUUAAUGUUGUUAGAAAAGCACUGAUCCUACUGGCCCACUCAGAGAGGACAUCCUUCAACUAUGCCAUGAAGGAGGCCGCCGUAGAGGCUUUGAAGAGGAAAGGAUGGGAGGUCACUGUGUCAGACCUGUAUGCCAUGAACUUCAAUCCCGUCAUCUCCAGAAACAACAUCACAGGUAAACUGGAGGACCCCAGGAACUCUCAGUAUCCUGCCGAGUCUGUUCUAGCUUAUAAAGAAGGCUGUCUGAGCCCAGAUAUUGUGGCGGAACAAAAGAAGCUGCAAGCCACAGACCUUGUGAUUUUUCAGAGUGGCACUCUGCAUUUCUGUGGCUUCCAAAUCUUGGAACCUCAACUGACAUAUAGCAUUGGGCACACUCCCGAGGAUGUCCGAAUUCAGAUCCUGGAAGGAUGGAAGAAACGCCUGGAGAAUAUUUGGGAUGAGAUGCCACUGUAUUUUGCUCCAAGUAGCCUCUUUGACCUAAACUUCUAGGCAGGAUUCUUAAUGAACAAGGAGGUACAGGAUGAACAGAAAAAUAAGAAAUUUGGCCUUUCAGUGGGCCAUCACUCGGGCAAGUCCAUACCGACGGACAACCAGAUCAAAGCCAGAAAAUAAGAUUCACAAGACUUGAUUUCCUUCUAAAAUAUAGCCAAAUCUAGACUUCUUUCUUGGGGUUCCUUGACUUGCUUUAGUUUUUAAGAUAUGUGUUUUUCUUUUGCCACAAAGAAUGGAUAGAACAGACUAUAUUCAUAUAUUUUUGUAUAGUUUUGUUAAACAUAACCGAUUCUGUUUUUUUUUUUAAUUAUUAAUUUAUUUAUUUAUGGCUGCGUUGGGUCUUCAU